UUUCAUUUUAAAUUCUCCUUCCCAACGGCCCAAUCCCCCAUCUCUCCAGUGUAGGGUUUCCAAAUCCGAGAAUGUUGAUGAAAGCGAUCUAGCUUUCCCUUGAAUUAUCAACAAAAUAAAAUGUCUCGAUUCCAUUGCCUAGUUUAAUUUUCGGUAAAGCCCGAUUUGAUCGUGCCCGCAAUCGUUUUCAUCGGUAAAGUCUGCACAAAGGGGAAGAGAGGAAGAAAGAACAAAAAGCGACGAUGAAUUUAUCGGAUCCAUCAAUGGCGUUACUGGCGUCGAGCGGAGGAGAUACCGUGAAGCUCUUCGAUGUGUCGGUCAAGGCCGGCGAUCCCUGCAUUUUGAGCUACACUCCCUCUCCUGGUUGCCUUGUCAAUUCACUCAAGUGGAACCACACCAAUUUGGUUGUGGCCAGUGCGGGAGAUGAUAAGAAGAUUUCCUUGUGGCGUAAGAUUGGGCAGAGCAUGGGGACUAUUCCCGUUGCUGGAACUGACAGUGGAGACAAUAUCGAGGAGUCUAUAAUGGCUAUCAGCUUCAGCAAUAAGGUAUCCCGGUACAUAUGUUCUGGUGGAAGCGGUCAAGUUGUAAGAAUAUGGGAUUUGCAGAGGAAGAGAUGUAUUAAAUGGUUGAGAGGCCAUACCAAUACAAUAACAGGUGCAAUGUACAACUGCAAGGAUGAACACUUGGCUUCCAUCAGUCUUAGCGGGGAUCUCAUACUUCACAACCUUGCAUCUGGUGCCAGGGCUACUGAACUCAAGGACCCCAAUCAACAGGUAUUGAGAGUGCUCGAUUAUUCUCGAAUUAGCCGACACCUUCUAGUGACUGCUGGUGACGAUGGGACCGUACAUUUAUGGGAUACAACAGGUCGCAACCCAAAGGUUUCUUGGUUGAAGCAGCACUCAGCACCAACUGCUGGCAUUAGCUUCUCACCAUCCAAUGACAAGAUAAUUGCUAGUGUUGGUCUGGAUAAAAAGUUAUACACUUAUGACUCAGGGUCUAGAAGACCCUCAUCUUGCAUUCCUUACGAGGCACCUUUCUCGUCAUUGGCAUUUAGAGAUGAUGGUUGGACUCUUGCAGCUGGAACAAGUAGUGGCCGGGUGGUAUUCUAUGAUGUUCGUGGAAAGCCACAACCUUUUGUUGUUCUUCAUGCUUACAGUAGUUCAGAGGCUGUUACAAGUUUAUGCUGGCAGAGGUCAAAACCUGUUAUUGUCAAUGAAAGUAAUUGCACUGCUGAGACUGCUCUUGUUGGAGAUUCUGUUGAAGAUUCGGUACUUAUGCCUGACCCACUUCCUUCUGUGACUUCGUCGAAUGUUCUUUCUACAUCAGUAUCUAGUUCUCGGAAUUCUGGUCGAUUUGGUGCUUCCGUUGAAGCAUCUUCACUAACUGCAGCUGGCUCGGGGUUUGCAUCAAGCACGCUCAAUAUUGCAGAGGAAACACCGCAAAGAAGCCAUUUGUGGCCAGGUGGAUCUUUGGCUAGAUUACAUGCUCCUCGCUCUAGUUUUAACUUCAAGGAUGAAAUGGAGGUGUUUUCCCCUCUGGUGGAUGUUCAGCCAAUUACACCUUCACUUGACAAGCUGUGGGAUGACCGUGAAGGAACCAAGAAGGAUCAUCUUCUUCUUGAUAAGAAGCCUUCAUCUCUGUUGUUUCCUCAAUCCAGUAGGAGAUUCCCUAUUGCAGAAGAGGGUGGUAGCGAUCAUCCAAUAUUCGAUUGGAAACCCAGCUUGACUUCCAAACAGGAUGACAACCAAUCUUCCUUCACACUGUUGGGUUCAACACCUACCCCAUCUUCAAAAAACGAAGACUCCUCUAUCACUCCUCCUGAAGCUUGGGGUGGUGAGAGACCGUCUGAAAAAUAUGCUCACAUGCGUCAGCCAAUCACUUUGCCAUCUCGGUUUGGGAUGCUGACUUCUGGCGGUCAGUCAUCAGGGUCAAUGUUUAGUGGAUUACAAGACCUAUCCUCGUCAACAAGUCAGAUGAGUAUAAGCUCCUUGACAAAUUCGAACUUAACUUAUGUGAAUUUGCGCCCCAAAGAUGUUUCUUCAAAUCAGGAGACCUCAUUGGGAUUUCCAGAUAACCUAUCAUCUAGUUCUGUGUCUCUGUCUCUUGCUACAAAAGGCAUUUCUGGACAGGUCAACCUUGAUUCACCAUCUUUGGCCCUGCCUCGAAGAUUUUCUACUUAUGCAGAGAGAAUUAGCACUGCAUCUUCCUUCAGUGAUGGGACAUCCCUUUCGGUGGGUUCACCAAAAAUGAAGAAAACAGGAGCUGAAACCAGGGAAGAACUUUUGAAUAGCUUGUUGGCAAAAUCUGAUACAGUGGUUGCUACAGAGGCAGGAAUUCUUCCAUCAAUGAAUGGAGGAAUCUCACAACCCCAAAAGGCCCCACAGCCAGAUGCACAGCAGGGAUCUUCCUUUACUCUCCAGCUUUUUCAACGCACUCUUGAAGAAACUCUCGAUUCCUUUCAGAAAUCCAUACACGAAGAUAUGAGGAACCUUCAUAUAGAAAUUCUUAGACAAUUCCACAUGCAAGAGAUGGAAAUGUCGAGUGUUAUGAGCUCGAUUAUGGAAAACCAAGCUGAAUUAAUGAAAGAAGUCAAGUCACUCCGGAAAGAGAACCAACAGCUCCGGCAAUUGCUGUGAGCAUGGGAAAGAUUGUGUUAUUAUUGUGGUUUUUUGUUUACCCUUGAUUUUUAUUUUUUGGGAGAAUUUGGGGCCUACAUGUUGCUUCCAUCCAUAAUUCACACUUAAGCGGUGGCCUCUUGAUUGAUUUGCGCUAGGAUUGUAUUUCUCAGCAAUAGCAGUGGAGUGGAGCCUGACAUCGACAUAAAAAAAAAGGGAAGUUUAGAGAGAGAAAAUCAAAGGGAGAAAGGUACUCGUGGGAGGCGAGGAUCUUUCGAGCAUGUAUGUACAGAGGUGAAUAGUUCAGCUAAGGAAUGGAAGCUUUGAAUUGGGUUGCUUUUAUGACAAAAAAAAGGUGUUCAUAUUGGUAUCUAAGCGGUUUGUGUCAAGGUUUUUAUUCUGUUUUUGGUGGAGGAUAUGAAGCUCUGAAUUUAUGCAUAAUCAGCUCUACUUUGGUUCUGUGAAA